UGUCAGCAUAUUUGUAAGUCGCAUAAGACACAGGAAUCCACAAUUAUCAAUAAAAAGUCUACAGAAUUUCUUGAAUUUGCAUUGGAAACUAAAAAUGCGAGGACGUGGACGUGGACGAGGACGUCCCCGUAAAUCAAAUGUUGCAGGCCAAGAGCGUUCCUCUGACAAUAACCAUCUGGCCUUCGAUAACUAUGAAGAUCCGCUUGAUUUUGAUGAGAGUGUUAAGGUGAAGAACGAAGUAUUUGUUGAUGAAAUUAUGCCGGAAUGCGAAGUCUUUGGCAUGAUGAGCAGUCAGGAUCUGCUGGAGGACCAGCGACGCACGCAGCGAGGCAUGAUAGCCAUUGAUGAGCGCAACAUCAAUGAACGUUUAGGUUCCCUGGAGCGUAAAGUGGAUUUCCUGAUAAAUUUGCAUGUCAAGAUCCUCGCCAGAGUUGACAAGUUGUGCGAGGAUGCUAAGGAGGUGGUCGAACCCACAGAGUUUCCUAUCAAAUCCAAGGAAGAACUGGAGAUCAUGGAUGAGAAGAUCGCGAAUGCUCCUGAUAAAUAUAUCGAAUUGUUUAAGGUUCUUUUUAAACCAGACGGUUUUGAAAAGCAUAUUUGUCGCAUUUUCAACGAUGAGAUGGUCAUCGAAAUGAACUUUGAUGGCGCCUGUUCCAAGCUGGGAUUAACUAACUAUGCCAAUUUGAAUUCGGCUUUAUUUGAAUCGCUAAAGAGAGAGGGUUUUACAUACGGUGAUUAUAGAAAGACGGUCCGAUCGGCUUUCAACAAGACUAAAAAUCGUAUCUAUAAAUCAUGGACGCGACGUAGACAAGCAAAAUCUGCGCCAGCGCCAGCAAAAAGAGCUAUGACACCCAAGGAAGAUUCGGCAACAGGUGAUGAAGAGGAAGAUGAGAGUUAUGAAAAUCCUGAAUAUAAAACUACAUCGAAAAAGCGCAGUAUAGAAAAAUCAACGCCUAAGCCAGCAAAAAGAGCUAUGACUCCCAAGGAAGAUUCGGCAACAGGUGAUGAAGAGGAAGAUGAGAGUUAUGAAAAUCCUGAAUAUAAAACUACAUCGAAAAAGCGCAGUAUAGAAAAAUCAACGCCUAAGCCAGCAAAAAGAGUCAUGGUUGAAAAAGAGAAAUCACCACCAGCUUUGGACGAUGCAGAUGAAUUUGAGGUGGAUAGAUUUGAGGACUCAUCGCCAAUGGAUUUUGUCAAAGCCAAUCUGGAUAUUUUGGAGGAUGAUUAUGAACCAGAGAUGUCAGCAGAACUGGAAGAACUUACAGUCGAUUUUCCCAUCAAGGAUAAAAGCCAAUUGGAAGCUGUCGAGAAAAAGAUUUCAAGCAAUCGAGAAAAAUAUGUUCGUCUGUUUAAGUUUUAUUUAAAGUCCGGUAGCUUUGAGGAAAACUGUGCGUCCUUUUUCGAUGGAAGUUUGGCAGUUGAUAUGAGCUAUGAUGGACUCGGCUCGAAAACGGCAUUCAGCAAUUAUGUGCACUUUAAUAUUGCUUUAUUUGAAUCUCAAAAAAGUGAUGAAUUUACUUACGAAGAUUAUAAAAAGAGCGUGCGUAAUGGUUUUUUAAAAUACAAAAAAUGGAGACGCAACGAUAAGAAGAAAUAGUUUAGAUUAAUAUUAAUAUAACUUAUUAGUCUUAAACAAUAGAAUAGUUCAACUACCAGUUUUAUAUUUAUAAUGAAAAUAAAACAUUGUUUUAGUGUGGCG